CCGGGCUCAGCAGACAAAUGUCUUGCUCUUUUUAAUGGGCGGUAAGUUGCCGGGUGCCUAGAUAUUGAAAUAAAAACUAAAAGGGGACUUCAGAAUGGAACCGUAUUGUUUGUAAUAGGAGGAAGUCGAACAUACGCUGCUGUGGAGACAUUUUAAUAGACGCUUAGAGAGCAGACAGCAGAAUUCUCAUCAUAUCGACGCGUCUCGUUUCGCCGGCAUCUUUCACUCGCUAACGUUGAAAAUAGCUAGCUGAGCUGAUGGACUCAAGUGGAAUUUGUGCUUGUGUGUGAGCUUCACGGUUGUGUUAGUGGUGAAAAGUGUGCGUUGUACGCCAAGUGAAAGCCGUCGACUUUAAUAGAGGCACGUGGUGACGUAGUAGUCAGGGCUCGCGAUAUAAAGGCGAUUCAGCCUUAGGUUAGUACAGGGUCAAGCUGUUCGGGAGAGGCGGACACAUGAUGCACCAGCAGGGCUCGUUGAUGCCCUCUUUGCUCAGUGGUGUAUUCUGCCAGUGUCGGCAGGGUUCCCCCUCCGUCCCUCCCUCGGAUGCAUCACCAUCUAAACCAGUAACCCAACAGUCAGCCUCCGGCGUGUGGCACACCGACGAAGGAGAGCAUCCAUGUGACAUAUGUGGGGGUUCGGAGCAGGAGCACAGACUCAAAGUGCUCUUCCAGGUCCUGGAUGUGAACGGGGAUGGAGGCAUCUGUGUGAACGACUUGACAAUUGGGCUGAAGAAGUUAGGAGUACAUCGCACUGAACAUGAGCUCAUGAAAAUAGUGAAAGCCGGAGACAAAGACCUGGAUGGACAGUUAGACUUUGAGGAAUUUGUCCAUUAUCUCAGAGACCAUGAGAAGAAACUCCGACUGGUCUUCAAGAGUUUGGACAGGAAGAAUGAUGGUCGAAUUGACUCACAAGAAAUCAUGCAGUCUCUGCGUGACCUGGGAGUGAACAUCUCUGAGGAACAGGCAGAGAAGAUUCUUAGAAGUAUGGAUAAAAAUGGAACAAUGACCAUUGACUGGAAUGAGUGGCGGGACUACCACCUCCUGCAUCCAGCUGAUAACAUCCCUGAGAUUAUUCUUUAUUGGAAACACUCCUCGAUCUUUGAUGUAGGGGAGAGUCUGAUGGUUCCUGAUGAGUUCACAGCAGAGGAGAAGAAAAUGGGUAUGCUAUGGCGACACCUAGUGGCUGGAGGAGGGGCUGGUGCAGUGUCUCGAACUUGCACAGCACCACUGGACCGUCUGAAAGUUCUCAUGCAGGUUCACUCCUCCAAGAGCAACAGUAUGCGCAUCGCUGGUGGCUUUUCUCAGAUGAUCCGAGAGGGUGGUGUACGGUCUCUGUGGCGAGGCAACGGGAUCAACGUCCUCAAAAUUGCCCCUGAGUCUGCAAUAAAGUUUGUGGCUUAUGAACAGAUUAAGCGACUGAUGGGAAGUAACCAGGAGACGUUGGGCAUCACAGAGAGACUGUUGGCCGGCUCUCUGGCUGGAGCGAUCGCUCAGAGCAGCAUAUACCCCAUGGAGGUCCUGAAGACACGGUUAGCCCUGAGGAAGACGGGUCAAUACUCGGGCCUCCAAGAUUGUGCUAAACAUAUCUUCCAGAGGGAAGGCGUGGCAGCUUUCUACAAGGGCUACAUCCCAAACAUGCUGGGCAUCAUUCCCUAUGCUGGCAUCGACCUGGCUGUGUAUGAGACUCUGAAGAAUUCGUGGUUGCAGAACUACGCUACAGAUAGUGCUGAUCCAGGAGUGUUUGUGCUACUCGCUUGUGGCACUACUUCCAGCACAUGUGGACAGUUGGCCAGCUACCCACUCGCUCUGGUCAGGACUCGAAUGCAGGCACAAGCUUCUCUGGGAGGAGGUCCUCAGAUGAACAUGACAGGACUGUUCAGACACAUUAUUAGGACUGAGGGAGCAAUAGGACUCUACCGAGGCCUGGCACCCAACUUCAUGAAGGUCAUCCCAUCUGUCAGCAUCAGCUACGUGGUCUACGAGUACCUGAAGAUCACGCUGGGAGUCCAGUCAAAGUGACCAGGGAGGCAGACAGAAGAAAAUAAGUGGCCAAAGGUUUUUUUGUUUGUUUGUUUGUGGUCUCAAAUGACCAGCUACAGUUCAACAUAUUUUAGUGCAGAAAAUGAAGGACAAAGCUGAGAUGUGUGAUUUGAAGAGAGAAAAAACUUGACUGAAGUCAUGUCUGUUAGUUGUUCUCUUAAGCUUUCUUUUAGCAGCUCGGUGGUGUUUCAGCACCUGUGAGUCUCAGUUUAACAAGUGGUUACAUGACUCUGAAUUACUGCUAGAACUGGAACAUGUGCCUGCUGCUGAGUACUGUGAAAGGAACAGUCCUGCGUCUCUGGAAAGGAAGAAUCUUGAUCCUGGUGGGCUUUGCUCAGUCAUGACACUAUAUCAUCAUAUUGCUGUCAGCAUAUGAUAUCAUACACUAUCAGCUUUGUCUGUGAAGCUGUAACUGGAUUUAAAACGGUAGAUAAAUGGUCGAUUUGGCUGCAUUAAAACGGAGAUGAUACAAACAAGAGAAACUGGUUUACUUUAAGCUAAAAUCAGUAUAUAAUGAAAUAAAGGAUUAACGUGAUCCAAAGUGAUUAGGGCCAUUCUAGCAAAUACUAAUUACAGAACCAAGGGAAGUGUUCACUAUGCCUGAGAUUAAAGUAAUAAGUAUUAAAAUAGGCUUAAAAUAGUUAUUAUCGAUGUCCUAUGAAAAGUUAUUGCUGCAAAUCGAGGAAACCAACUCAGACAGUGAAACUGCGACUUGUGCCAUUGGUUAGUGAAGUCUCAUUCUGAUCCCUGAGCUGAGAGUAUUUUUUUUCCAUUGGCAUCUUGGUGUUUUGAAACUUAGAACAAUCGUUAUUUACAAGGUAAGGUAAACUUCAUGUUGCGUUCAAUAUGACCUGAAGCCCAUAAAGGAAAGUGUUCACUGGGGUCACAUAAAAAGGGUGCUGAAGGCCGUUUUCCCAAAGACCUGUAAAUAAGUCUUUGCAGCCAGAAGAAUGAAGGAAAAGGCAUUAAAAAGAAAGCAGGUUUAAGGCACUUUAGCACUGACUUCACUUUUCAGACCAAGAAGCUGUGUCCAUAUGUC